ACUGGUCUAGAUAAGCUGCCUCCAGAGGUUCUUGCAACAAUUAUUGAUCAUAUUGAAACUGAAUAUGGUUGGCUCCAGUAUCCGACCGAGACCCUGCUCAGCCUGCGACUAACUUGCUCUGGAACAUGCUUGUCANNUAAACACUUUCUGCUUUACUUUGGUGACUGGUCUAUCGAUCUGGAAAGGGAGAAAGACUUGUCAAUAACCAAAGCUGUACUCGCAAGUCGCGUUCACAGAGCUGCUAUCGAGAAGAUCACCUUUGUUUACAGAGGAGAGAAACCGAGCCUUUGGCAGGUCGCACCUCUACUCAAUGAGACUCUGUGUAGUCUAAUUUCGUUGAACCGAGAAGUGGUCCUUGGAUUCGAUCCCUUUGGAUAUUCCGAGCAAAGCGAUGACAUAUCCACCGAGAAUGUUCUGGAGUUUAUCAGCAUGAUCUUAAUUGUUGUUGCAACCUCCGGGCUGAAGAUCAAGAAUAUUAGUAUCCGAGCGAGGAGAGAGGAUUGGGAUGCAUAUGAUCGUUUCUUCGGAUAUACCCUGUUCUUCGCUGAUGAAUACCACUCUACAUUCAUUGGAAUUGAUUAUGGCGAGAUUCUAGCGGAGCUUCACACAAUGAUCAGGAUUGAACGGCAGAAGUUUAUACAAGGAGCCCCACCCGAGUUGGUUGCCGAGUAUCCAGGAAUCGGAAACAUAUCGCUAGACUAUGUCCGAGCAUGUUUGAAGAUGCAAGGUCUUAAUACCUUCCACUGGCUUGAGUUCAGGGACUGGUUGAAAACAAUUGAAUGCAACGGCAUCGAGAUCAGUGGAUGUACCCUCAACCCCCAAGAACUGGAACGGGUCUUAGCACGCGCCCACAUACGCAAUCGCCCUAUACGUGCCUUGUCGAUAGUCGAUACGCGGUUGUUAAAUGGAAGCGCUCGUAGUGAUGCUGCUCUCCGUGCAACCUGCUUACACCGCCUGAUUCAAGCCAUUAGCCCUCAUGCGCAGCAGCUCGAGCACCUCCACUUUGCCAACACAUGGGGCGAUAGC